UACUCACCUAGUGUUAUGCCUUUUAUAUCUCAAAUUCCUAUGCCCACCACAUUCAAAAAUUAUAACAGCUAGUAAGAAGGUUAUAUACCAGUGACUAUUCGUAAAUACUUAAGAAAACUUAAAAUUCUGUUAGUCGUGAUAUUUUUAAAAUGAAUGUUUAACUUCUUGAAGUUUGACUGAGUUAUAUUAUGGUGAAAAAGAAGGCGCCUGUAUUUGACUCAGAUAAUGCAGCUUUAGAGGAAGGUAAUCAUAUGCCAGAAAAUACUGAAGAUAAUAAAGAUGAAAGGAGACCUGUUUUUAGGAAUGCUACAUUUCAGCAUUCCACCACAGCUGGUAAGAAAAAAACCUGGAGGUCGUUGAAACAAAUAUUAGCUCAUGAAAAGAGUUUACCUUGGCCAAAAGACACCCCUUUAUAUUCCAAUAUCACUGCUCCACCAUCCUUUAAACCACCUAAAAAGUAUUCAGAUAUAUCAGGAUUGGAAGCAAAAUAUACAGAUCCACAGACAAAGCUUUUUUAUUCAAAUACUGAUGAAUUUGCAACUGUUCGUACUCUUCCAAGUGAUAUUAUAGCAGGAUACUUAACCCUUCGAGGUGCUAAUAAUCCUAUUGGUUAAAUAGAAUUAUAAUUUAUAGCUAUUAUACAUAAAAAGCAUUCUAAAGUAUCUGAGAUAAUUGGCUUUUUGUUGCAUACAUUUUAUCUAAAUGUCAUUAAAAGAAGACAAUUUUAUAACUGGAGUGUUUGUAAAAAAAAAAUCUUAAAAUUCUUUUCAUGAUUGAGUUUGAUAUUUGAUAAAGUGAUUGUGAAUUUAAUAGAGAAGAUGGGAAGUCGCAGUAACAAUAUUAUCCAUAGCCUGCCCAUAAUUAGUUGGCAGCCUGAGGGGCGAAAUCAUGUGGCACUCAGUUGAAAGUAACAUUUUUUUUUCUUUACCAUUCGAUAUUACUUAAAAU